UCUGUCGGGUUGCAGCGACUGGCCGUGGUCGUGGGAGCCUGCGCUCAGUUGGAAACGUGACACAUGCGCACACACGCUCAACCACGUACAGUCCUACAUGUGUUUAUAUGUGUGCGUGCGCGCUCACCACAAGCAUCCAAAUCAUGGUUACAGGAUUCAUUUGUAAGGAAGGCACAGUCGUCUCCCAAGAGAAGGAGGCCACCGGGUUGCAAACCAACAUGGAUGAAAAAGCGACGCAACUAUUUGGAAAAUAAUCAAGCUCAAUGAAUAUCGGAUGGAGACAAAGUAUGACCCGCAUACAAAGAAACAUUCUUAUGACUGAAAAAUAGAUAUAUAACUAAACAACCAAGUUAACAAAUAAACAAGAUAUCUACAAUGUGCCAAUAAACAUCGUUAGCAACACAGGUGCAACACGGAGAAGUUACAAAGUCAAGUUCAAAGCAACAUUGCGAAACUUCCAAAGAAAACGGAGUGAGGCCUUUUUAGGAGAGCGCUUCCACGUGCGAAGCUGGCAACAAUGGCAAGCGUAGGCAGACCUCUACACAAAAAGUUCAGCGUCAAGCUACUGUUACUGCUCCUAAUCGUAGUUUUAGUCACACACCACUUCAUGGCCGGCGUACUAACACAGACUACACAGCGCCGAGAUGCCAACUGGAAUUCAAACAACAGUCAAAUAUUAAAGAAUAAUGAAGACUGUGAUCAGAAAGAAAACUCUAUAGUUACAGAGAAGAUACAGAAAACUACGGAUAAUCAAGCGGAGCAGACAGUGCGAACGACGGAGACAGAGAACACCAUCACAUUUACGAACAGAGCACCGUCGUCUCGAGAUAAAUCCCCGGGAAAUGGGACACAAGACCAAACUGAUACAGACCGCAGAGUUGCAACGGCACGCCCUGCGGCCGCCCCGGAACCGCCGAAGGUCCGCCACCCUCCGAACAUCCUCCUCUUGAGUUCGAUGGGCCGCAGCGGGUCGAGCUUCCUGGGCGGCCUCCUCAACUCCCAACCCGGGUCCUUCUACAUCUUCGAGCCGCUGCACAGCCUGGAGGCGCGGCGCAUGCUCUCGGACGCCGUGGCACGAGAGACCUUCACGCAAAUCGCCAGCUGCAACUUCACCGGCUCUCUCCUCAGUGGGUUGGCGUCGGAACCGGACUUCGCCAUCCGCACUCCUUCCGCUUACUCUUGCAAACACACGAAAAAGGCAAAUCAGACUUGCUUCGACGCCAAAAAACUGAAGCAAGCGUGCGACAAACUGCCCAUUAAAAUCAUCAAGACCAUUAGAACGAGAGUGGCGUGGUUGGAGCCUCUCCUGCGGGACCCGAGAGCUAAUCUCCUGGCCAUCCACUUGGUGCGGGAUCCGAGGGCGUCCAUCAUAUCGGCCAUCGAGCGGGAUUGGAACGUGAGGCCUGAGAGGAAGUGCAGCGAGUUGGAGGACGACCUGCUCAGCGGACUCCAGCUCGAGAAGUUGCUGCCGGGAAGGUACAUGACAGUGCGCUAUGAGGACCUGUGUGAAGACCCCUACAAGAUGGCGCGCAUCAUCUUCUCCUUCUUGGGAUAUAAGACACUGCCCUUGUCGACGCUCAGCUUCCUCGAAAAAUCGACGGCGAAGAGCGACGGCCAAACCUACGGCAUCCGGCGGGACACGUCGAAGCAGCAGCAGAAGUGGCGGCAGGAGAUCACGACGGAGCAGCUGCAGGGCAUCGAGGAAGCGUGUGCCUCCGCCAUCGCCGCCGUCGGCUUCAACCUGUUCGCGGACAUCGGGCGCGCGAGGAACCUGUCGGUGCCUCUCUACGACCCCGCGAAGGCCAGCGUCUUUUUCCCCUAUUAUGGCGGGCGAUGAGACGAGACAGGAUGAGUUUUGAUUUUGUUUUCGUGUCGCUCUGUUUGACUGGACUUUACGAGUGGGAGGGGGGGGG